AUGACGUGUUGUGAGUGCUUAAGAUGCUGUGGAAGGAGAGACCCAAGGCCUCGUACUGUUUGGCUUGGCCACCCAGAGAAGAGAGACCAGAGAUACCCUCGCAAUGUGAUCAACAAUCAGAAAUACAACUUUUUUACAUUUCUCCCUGGGGUGUUGUUUAACCAGUUCAAAUACUUCUUCAACCUUUAUUUCUUGCUUUUGGCCUGCUCUCAAUUUGUCGUUGAAAUGAGGCUUGGUGCACUUUACACCACCCACAAACCCUGUCCUGCUGCUGCUCUAAUGCACCGAUAUCUUUCCUUUGCAGGGACUGUGAAGGUGAAGAGCUCUAAUAUACAAGUAGGCGACCUCAUCAUCGUUGAAAAGAACCAGCGGGUCCCUGCUGACAUGAUCUUCCUGAGGACGUCCGAGAAGAAUGGGUCUUGCUUCCUUCGCACUGACCAGCUGGAUGGUGAGACAGACUGGAAGUUGCGGCUGCCUGUUACCUGUACUCAGAGACUGCCAACUGCUUCUGACUUACUGCAAAUUCGAUCCUAUGUCUAUGCAGAAGAACCCAAUAUUGACAUACAUAAUUUCGUGGGAACCUUCACAAGAGAGGACAGUGACCCUCCAGUAAAUGAAAGUUUAAGCAUAGAAAACACCCUAUGGGCCAGCACAGUGAUUGCAUCAGGUACUGUUGUGGGUGUUGUCCUCUACACUGGAAGGGAACUGCGCAGUGUGAUGAAUACUUCAAACCCAAGAAGUAAGAUUGGUCUUUUUGAUUUGGAAGUGAACUGCCUUACCAAGAUCCUGUUUGGGGCUCUUGUGGUGGUCUCGCUUGUCAUGGUGGCCCUUCAGCACUUUGCUGGCCGUUGGUAUCUUCAGAUCAUAAGAUUUCUCCUUCUGUUCUCAAACAUCAUUCCCAUUAGUUUACGUGUGAAUCUGGACAUGGGGAAAAUUGUCUACAGCUGGGUGAUCCGCAGAGAUUCCAAAAUCCCUGGGACUGUGGUUCGGUCCAGCACUAUUCCUGAGCAGCUGGGGAGGAUAUCCUAUUUGCUUACAGACAAAACAGGAACUCUUACGCAGAAUGAGAUGGUCUUCAAGCGACUUCACCUGGGAACUGUAGCUUAUGGCCUGGACUCCAUGGAUGAAGUGCAGAGCCACAUAUUCAGUAUAUACACGCAGCAAUCUCAGGACCCACCCGCUGUGAAGGGCCUCACCUUAGCCACCAAGGUGCGUAAAACCAUGAGCAGCCGAGUGCACGAGGCGGUAAAGGCAAUCGCGCUGUGCCACAACGUGACACCGGUGUACGAGUCCAAUGGGGUGACGGACCAGGCUGAAGCUGAGAGACACUAUGAGGACUCCUGCAGGGUGUACCAGGCCUCCAGUCCUGAUGAGGUGGCCCUGGUACAGUGGACCGAGAGCGUGGGUUUAACGCUGGUGGGCAGAGACCAGUCCUCCAUGCAGCUGAGGACACCGGGUGGCCACAUCCUGAACUUCACCAUCCUCCAGAUCUUCCCCUUCACUUACGAGAGCAAGCGCAUGGGGAUCAUUGUUCGGGAUGAAUCAACAGGAGAGAUCACCUUCUACAUGAAGGGGGCUGAUGUGGUGAUGGCCGGGAUCGUGCAGUACAAUGACUGGUUGGAAGAAGAGUGUGGUAACAUGGCUCGGGAAGGCCUGAGGGUUCUAGUCGUAGCCAAGAAGUCUCUGACGGAAGAGCAGUAUCAAGACUUUGAAGCACGCUACGUCCAGGCGAAGCUGAGCGUGCACGACCGCUCCCUGAAGGUAGCCACAGUCAUUGAGAGCCUGGAAAUGGAGAUGGAGCUGCUGUGUCUCACUGGCGUGGAGGAUCAGCUGCAGACGGACGUCAGACCCACCUUGGAGACGCUGAGAAAUGCUGGCAUUAAGGUGUGGAUGCUGACAGGGGAUAAGUUAGAGACAGCCACGUGUACAGCCAAGAACGCACAUUUGGUGACACGGACACAGGACAUCCACAUAUUCAGACUAGUGACUAACCGUGGAGAAGCCCAUCUAGAGCUGAAUGCCUUCCGCCGGAAACACGACUGCGCUCUUGUUAUUUCUGGCGACUCGCUGGAGGUGUGUUUGAAAUACUAUGAGUAUGAGUUCAUGGAGCUGGCUUGCCAGUGCCCUGCUGUCGUGUGCUGCAGAUGUGCUCCGACGCAGAAGGCCCAGAUCGUGCGAUUGCUCCAGGAGAGGACUGGCAAACUCACCUGUGCAGUAGGUGAUGGAGGGAAUGAUGUUAGCAUGAUUCAGGAGGCUGACUGUGGUGUUGGAGUUGAAGGGAAGGAAGGAAAACAGGCAUCACUUGCAGCCGAUUUCUCUAUCACUCAGUUUAAACAUCUGGGUCGUUUACUAAUGGUGCACGGAAGGAACAGUUACAAACGGUCUGCAGCUCUCAGCCAGUUUGUAAUCCACAGGAGCUUGUGCAUCAGUACAAUGCAGGCUGUUUUCUCAUCAGUGUUUUACUUUGCUUCAGUUCCUCUCUACCAAGGCUUUCUCAUCAUUGGGUACUCCACAAUUUACACGAUGUUUCCAGUGUUUUCUCUAGUCCUGGACAAGGAUGUUAAAUCUGAAGUUGCAAUGUUGUACCCAGAGCUCUACAAAGAUCUUCUUAAGGGACGACCGUUAUCAUACAAAACAUUUUUAAUAUGGGUCUUAAUAAGCAUCUAUCAAGGUAGCAUCAUCAUGUAUGGAGCACUCCUCCUCUUUGAAUCUGAAUUUGUCCACAUUGUCGCCAUUUCCUUCACAUCCUUGAUUCUCACCGAGUUACUGAUGGUGGCGUUGACAAUCCAGACGUGGCACUGGCUCAUGAUAGUGGCUGAGCUGCUUAGUCUCUCCUGCUACAUAGCUUCUCUGGUCUUCUUACAUGAGUUUAUUGAUGUUUACUUCAUUGCAACUUUGUCGUUCUUGUGGAAAGUCACCGUCAUCACUCUGGUGAGCUGCCUUCCCCUCUACGUCCUGAAGUACCUGAGACGAAGGUUUUCUCCCCCAAGCUAUUCGAAGCUCACGUCCUAGGGCUGCUCUCCUUGCACACCAGAGACAAAUAUUGCACAUAGCCGAGAGACAAAAUCAUGUAGUUGUUACUAUAACGAAUACGUCUGAUAUUUGCAUAAUGAUCACAUGGUAAUCUCUUACGUGCUGCUUUAUUGAAAAAAGACUUCACAACUGCCGUAAACAGAAACCUAACGAUAAAAGGGAAUUUUUUUUUGAGGGUGGAGGCACUUAUUAGUUCAUCCAGUUACUUUUGUUCAAGUUAACUGGGGUCAAAUGCACAUAACUGCGAUGAUGAUGGGUUCCUCAUGCAUGGUUAAAAGUAUCUGAAAGCUGCUAACUGACCUUGGAACUUAUGUUUGACAAAUUUAAAUUACUUUUUUAAGUAUCAGUGCUGUUCCUUGCAUUGUGUUCUGUUGUUUUAUAUUAUUUAUCUUUCUGAUUCAAGUAGUUACAUUCUUUUCACAUCUUGGAAAUCCCUUAAUGUAGGUGAUGCACUAUACUGGUGACAGCUGAUUCCUGAUUUAUGGCAUGCUGUUUCCAUAAUGGGGCUCCAGCAUGUCGGAUCUACACACACUUGAGAAUCUGAGCGUGUUAGAGACUUCCCUUCAGUUGAAAUGUGGUCACCCUAGUGAUUUUGGAGGUAUCCAGCCAUUGAUAAAUACAGACAAAUAUAGUCCAAAAUAAAAAAAUUCAGUUUUGUUUAGCUUUUGUGCUUCCUAUUAAAAGGAGCUGGCAACAUAAUAGCUUUACUCUGUAUUUAUUUGUAUAGGAGAAAAUUAUCUAAACUAAAGCAAAUCCUCUUUAGAAAAGAAAUUCGCAGUUGAUCAGACUUUGAAAUGUGUCGACAACGUGAGAAGAGACUCGUACUGUUCUGCAGACAAUGUGGCAGACGUGUCUUGAAUCCUUGGAGACUAAAGGGAAAGGUCACAGAGCUGCUACUCCUCACAGCUACACGAAAUCUGUUUCCUGUUAGGGUGAAACUGCGAAGAUGAGCUGCAAUUAAACGGAGGCACUCCUAGGUGGAUGUUGUUCAUGACACGCUCCCUGCAGAGAGGCAGUUUUUGAGAACCUUGCACUUGCUUUGCUCUGAAAGCCAAACCUGAAUCACAGAGGCAGGAGUGGGGUUUGCAUGAAGGCGUUAGGCUCAUGUGCAGAGCAAAUUUACUUAUUGAUUUUUAAUUUUCAAAAAUAAAACUCAAUGGAUUCUGUUUUUAUAAUAAACAUUGGCCCACACUAUAACACCCUGAAGAGAGCAACACGUCCAGAGGCUGCUCAGGAGAAUGACAGAGGGUUAGAGGAAUGUUUUACUCUUGGGUCCAUGCAUCAAACAUGGAUGAGCUUUUAGCAGCAGCCAUCCUCAUCUGGUGACUGUGCUAAAUUAGUUGCUUGCUGUCUCAUUCUCACAUCAUAAAAACCACUGUCGGAGCUGGCACUGCUUGGCAUCAUUGUUGGUUGGGCAUGUGGGGAGACCAGGAACAGCCCGGAGCCUGAGCUCCCUCUUCCUCUCUCAAAGCAGCCCUUCCAGGUCGGGGCAACCCUACAGUGUGAGGAGCAGAAGCUCCCUGGUCAUCUCUGUGCCAUGCUGAACCUCUUUAAUGGACUGCCAGCUUCUGUUGCCAUUGCUACAGGCGCUCCAGUGUUGCAAGCAGCACAAUGCUGCAUUAAAAGGUCUGGUGUGAAAAUCUGUGGAAAAUGGGAGUGUUGUUUUAGAAGAGCUGGAGUCUGUGUUGACCCAUAGCGGUACAUCUUGAAUUUUUAGAUCUAAGAUAGCCGUGGCUUGUGUGGUCGAUGUGUGGUAAUUGCUCAGGGGAAUGUUUUGCACAACCUGUCCUGCCUUCCUUGCUUUCAGUUCCUGUGAGUAAAUAUCAAAGAGGAGGGGAAGCAAGUUCCAGAAGAUAGAAAGAAAAAUUGGGUGUGCUUCAUAAUGCGUGUGGCUUGGGGUGAGUGAAAGGUGCAAGUCUGUAUGACCUCGUCAUUACUUCAUGUUGGGGAAACACUCUUGAUUUAGAAAAUUAUGUUUCAAAGUCCUUCAGGAAUAAAAACAGCAAACGCUCUCUUAUCUAACACACGCCUUUUUCUUUUGUGCCAGUCUUCAGAUUAGGCUCUUGUCUGAAGUCCUGAUAAAUAGCAACCAUCUUUAGAAACAUCCUACUGACUAAGGAAAGAUAAUUCCUAGUAUUCACCUUUCCAUAGUAUUUUGAAAAUUUGCCUUUCUUUACUUCUCUUCUAAUUUUUUAAAAAAAAAAAAAAAUAAAUUUCUGCCCAUUUGACACACAUGCUGAUGUUGGGAAAGGUUCUAGAAGUCCACCACUUCCCAGUGAUCUGUCUCACAGAGGAAAAGCAGUGCCUGAGCAGCCUAUUUGUGGAGGAGUUGGGCUAACAGCCUUUUGUGAAUUCUGCCACUUGCCAAAAAGAUACUUAGUGUUGUCUUUAUCGUGACUGCUACAGCUCCUGGAUAGUGUUGGCCAUGCAGGUGUUCUGAAGUCCCCAGUCAGCAUUUGAUUUCAGUAGAUCUAAAGACAAGAAUCAAGAAUUUCUUUUGGCAAGUUCUUGUGACCAAGGAGUCAAGUCCUUCUUGUCCGUUGGCAAACACAUCGCGGUACCCAUCUUUGUAAAGCCCUGCCCCUAUCUAGUGUGUAUUAGUGGUUAAAUGUCCUGCAAGAAUAACAGUGCCAUGCUACUGUAUGUAAAUAUUUGAGACGUAUAUAUGGUAGAAUUCACUGUUUCCUGAAGUCAAUACAGUUUACACUGAGUGGACCAUAUUUGCAAAAUACUAGCUUACACCAAGAAAGGGAGUGAAUUGUGAUUUCGGUUAUAUCUAUUGAAUCAUAACUUUACUAAGGAAUGCAUAUUUAGUGGCAUUGAUAGUAAUCUGUAGCUGUGUUUUGGGGUGUGAAUUAUGUUCCUUUGCAGCCAGUUUUUUUGCACAAGGUUGUAAAUCCAGGAAGUAAUUUCUGUCUGGGUAUACACUACAUUUUUUUUAAAGGAAUCAGAAAAUUAAAG